AUGCAUCCCGUAAAAGAGCAAAUCAGUGUCAGGCUGCGAAAUGCUGCGCAACAAGAUGUCUUCAUGCCUGUAGUUGGGUUAGGUACUGGAGGUUAUGGAACACCUAAUGGUGUGGGUGGCGAAUACUGGGGACGUGAUCAAGGUCAUAAUGCCACGUUAACGUGGUUAAAAAUGGGUGGUCGUCGUAUAGACACGUCCGAUGAUUAUGCAUCUCGUGAUGGUAUUGGAACGGGAUGGAUCGCUAGCGGUAUACCUCGCUCGGAAAUAUUUAUCACCUCAAAAGUGGAUGUAUCUACUUAUGAUCAAGCAUUAGACAAUUUUGCUACUAUUCUCAAAUCAUUACAAACGGAUUAUAUCGAUCUUCUCCUUAUACAUUGGCCUGGUCAAAUAUUCGAUAAAUCGAUGACAUCGUUUCGUGAUCAACGUAUACAGACAUGGCGAGCAUUGGAAACAAUGCUUGAACGGAAACAAGUACGUGCCAUUGGUGUCAGUAAUUAUCAAGUCAAUCAUCUGCUUGAAAUUUUUAGUUUAAAUUCUUUGCUACCAAGUGUCAAUCAAGUCGAGUUUCAUCCUUAUUGGCACGAAGAUGAACUUCUUGACUUUUGUCAAAAACAUAAUAUCACAUUUAACAGUUAUUCACCGAUUGGUUGUCCUGAUCGUGGCAGACUCUUAGGGUCGGAUUGGAAUCCCAUCCCAUGUUUACUACAACAUCCUGGCGUGAUCGAAAUUGCUGAUAAACAUCGGAAGAAGCCAGCUCAAGUGGUGCUUCGUUGGCAUUGGCAACAAGGAAUUGUAAUAAAUCCUCGCACAAGUGAUGCUGAUCAAAUGAUGGAAAAUCUGACGAUUUUUGAUUUUGAACUUGACAGACAAGAUAUGAUGUUUCUUUCCUAUUUGAAUCAUCCGAUGAGUAAAAUAUGCGGUGACUCGAGACUCAUUUUUUAA